AAAAUUCAACCCCCACGAUACGCUACACAUUAUACAAUGACGAAUCCCUCCAAGAUCUCCCCCAAGUUAUGUCAGAAAAUAAAAAUCGGUGUCCUCUAGCUUAUUCCAUGUGAACCCACCAAGCAGCCCUUCCCCUGGCUUUCCUUUCUGCUUCUCUCUCUCUGUCCCUCAGUCUCACACUUGUAUAUAAACGCCUGGUCUACAGACAAACUUUUUUUCAUAUCAGAGCUUGUUUCAUCUUUGAGCAAUUUAUCAGGGACACAAAAUCCCAGAUGGGUUUCAGGUGCAAAAGCCUGUUGUGUUUGUUUCUCUUAGUUUUGCUUGUGUUCUUGCAAAAAGCAAGUGCAGGGCAGCAUUACUACAAUGUGACUAGAUUUAGAGGUAGAAAGCAAGAGAAUGGAUGCAAUUUGUUUCAAGGGAAAUGGGUCUUUGAUCCUUCCUAUCCAUUCUAUGACUCUUCAGGUUGUCCCUUCAUAGAUCCUGAAUUCGACUGCCUUAAGUAUGGCAGGCCGGACAAGCAGUAUCUUAAGUACUCUUGGAAACCUGACGCCUGUGACUUGCCAAGAUUUGAUGGGGCGAGUUUUCUGGCAAAAUGGAGGGGAAAGAAAAUAAUGUUUGUGGGUGACUCACUGAGUUUGAACAUGUGGGAAUCUCUGGCAUGUAUGAUUCAUGCGUCGGUACCCAACUCCAAGACCACAUAUGUGAGGAAGGACCCAUUGUCUUUUGUUAUCUUUGAGGAUUAUGCAGUGACUCUUUAUUUGUAUCGUACACCGUACUUGGUGGAUAUAGUUCGAGAAAGCGUUGGUGCAGUGCUCAAUCUAGGCUCCAUCAAUGGUGGCAAUGCAUGGAAAGGGAUGGACAUGCUGGUCUUCAACAGCUGGCACUGGUGGACACAUAAAGGAAAAUCUCAAGCAUGGGAUUAUAUUAGAGAUGGGUCUGAAUUAUACAAAGACAUGGACCGUUUUGUGGCGUUCAACAAAGGGCUAACGACUUGGGCUAACUGGGUUGAUAGCAACGUUGAUCCUACCAAGACCCAGGUCUUCUUCCAGGGCAUUUCUCCCACCCACUACGAGGGCAGGGAGUGGAACCAACCAAAAAAGAACUGUUAUGGAGAACUAGAGCCACUGUCUGGUUCCACAUACCCGGCAGGCGCUCCUCCAGCUGCUGCUAUUUUGAACAAAGUUUUGGGAACGAUGAAGAAACCAGUUUAUUUGCUUGACAUUACAACACUCUCGCAACUGAGAAAGGAUGCUCAUCCCUCGACCUACAGUGGUGAGCAUUCAGGCAAUGACUGUAGCCAUUGGUGUCUUCCUGGCUUGCCUGAUACCUGGAACCAGCUUCUCUAUGCAGCUCUAGUAAUGUGAAGGUCCACAUUGGGCAACAAAGAAUUUACUUUAAUUUUCUUCUUCAUGCAAUUGUACAUUCAAGAUGGCGCAGAAAGUUUCUCAUUCACUCCUGGUAGGAGGUAAUGAAGGAGCAAAGAUCAGUAGGUGAUAACGGGGGUGGCAAAGAUCAAUUGUAAAGUGAUUGAUUUUUUAAAACAAAAAUAAUUACUUUGAAGUGGAAAAAAACUAUGACAGAUUUAAAUCUUUGAAAAAUCUUGACUCCAGUUGGACAAGCACAUCAAAUUUCUAUGUCUAAGUUAAGGAAAAAUAAAGUUAGCUUUCCACCA